CAAACCCCCCCAACUUCCUCGCCUACCACUCUCUUUCUGUCCCAACUUCAGCGCCAUCUUUUCGUUCUAUUCGUUUUGUUUUCUCUAUUCCUUCCUUGCUCAUUUCAUGUUGUGUAUGAUAUGUGCUCCAUAAUUGACGUACCCGACCUGACAUCCUCCAUGAGCUGUUUUCGCCAGAAACUUAUUGCCUACCUCCUGUGAUCGCAACAACAAUGGCUGGUCGCGAGGAAAGCGCGCAGGUCGCCGAGUCUGGUGAAGCUGACGUGAAUAUGGGAACCAUGGAGGAGGUACAAGAGGUGGAAGAUGAUAGGGUCCGAGGGGAAGAAGCAGGUAAUGAGACCGUUGUCGCCAACAGCAACCCCAAUCCUCAAACCAUGUUCCUCGAAUACCUCAAGUCGCCCAUUGUCCAGCUUAUCGUGGGCGCAGGCGAUGACGAAACUACCUUGACUGCCCACAAGGCUAUCCUCCAAAAAUCACCCUACUUCAGCGACAUACUCUCAAGUCUGAAGGACGACGCGCUCAGUAUUGAGCUGCCCGACGAGUCAUUAGAUGCAGUGGGGUGUUUCCUCCAAUACCAAUACACGGGUGAAUACUUCCCUCGACGCCUUGCAGACACGCCUGAUGGGCUGGAGCCUGAUCCUUCAGUCCCGGCUAUCGACGACACCGGCGCACAGCUUCUCAAACAUGCUCGCGUCUACACGUUAGCCCAAAAGCUUGGAUUGCCUGACCUCAAGACACUGGCGCACUCCAAGAUACAUCGCAUCAACUCAACCGCGGUCGGAGAGAUUGCAUACGCACGGUUUGUCUAUGGCAAUACGCCGGCUGACGAUGUCACGAUCCGCAAACCCGUCGCAGCGUUCUGGGCCACCCGGUCACAUGUAUUGCGCCACGAAGCCGAGGCCGAAUUCAAGGCCAUGUGUCUGGAGUAUCCCCAGUUUGGCUUUGAAGUUCUGAGUUUGGUGCUAGACCAGCGAGAGAGGAGGGCCAGAGAGCGAGAGGAGGAAGGCACACCGGGGGGGAGUAAAGGGAGGAAGAGAUUACGCCCAAGCGUCAACAUUUAGCCGGCCGAUCUUCCUUGUUCACCACCGACCAGUGGCAUCGGCUGUCCAACUUGCGAAGACGUUUCUGUUUCUGGGACCAUGGGCGCUGCUCCCGUCGGGGCUCGAGUUUGAGUGAAGUGACGCGUCUUUAUACGUCAACAGGAACGGCGGAUGAGAUGAGACCAUCUGUAAAAAUGGUUCCAAGGCUUGUCAUCAAUAUUUCAAUGAGAGACAAUUGCAAAGAUGCUAUCCCUA